GUGAGCGUGAGAGAGAGAAUGAAGAAAAGAGGUUGCUUUUUCUUUCCUGCAACUGCUUUUGAUUUUUUAUUUUCUUUCUUGGUUUUGUUUGUUUCCCUAGAAAAUAAAAUACCCAGUUGUCGUUCACUUCAUAUUUAGCCUGCAUAGUAUUCCCCCAAUGUGAAAAAUCACUCUCUUUCCCCAUCGCUCUCUGUGGCUAUCCUUUGAUUCCUUUUGUCAAUUAUUUUUUUGGAUUAACUAAGCAAGACAUUGGCAGAGAAGAAUCUCAGUUUCUCCUCUCUGUCUCUCUCUCAUAUGCCGAAUUGAAGCAUCCAGAUUUCAUUUUUUGGAGAACUCUAAUGGUGGUUGUGCUGGAUUUGAGGUGGAAUCUCUUUUCUAAAUAUGGGUUUUGUGCUGUUUUUCAUGCUUUUAACGUGUAGAGGGUCAUCAAAUUCUUGCUGAUAGAAGAGAGAAAAAAGCAAAACUUGGGAGAUUUGAGAUUUGUUUUGAUUGGUACAAAUGAGGGAUUUUCCUUCCUGUUUUGGUGAAAGUGGAGUCCAAGUUGCUGAUUCUUCAUCUUCAGGUACCACCAGAACUGCUCAAAACUUGGUUACUUGUGUUUAUCAAUGUAAAUUACGUGGUCAUUCUUGCUUAAUUACUGUUACUUGGACCAAGAAUCUGGUGGGUCAAGGACUUAGCAUUUCUAUUGAUGAUUUGUCCAAUCAUUGCCUCUGUAAAUUCGAUAUAAAACCAUGGUUGUUCUCUAAGAGAAAAGGGUGUAAGAAUGUCGAUUUGGAUUCUGGUAAGAUUGACAUAUAUUGGGACUUCUGUAAUGCUAAAUUUGGGUCUGGACCUGAGCCUGUUGAGGGUUUCUAUUUGGCUGUGACCUUUAACCAAGAAUUGGUUUUACUUCUUGGGGAUCUGAAGAAGGAAGCAUACAGAAAGAUUGACAAAACCUCUGUUCAUUCUAAUGCCAUUUUCAUUGCAAAGAGAGAGCACAUAUCUGGAAAGAAGUUUUAUGGUGCAAAAGCUCAAUUUACUGACAGGGGGCAGAUGCAUGAUGUUACAAUUGAGUGUGACACAGUCGAUCUUAAAGACCCGUGUCUUGUGAUCCGCAUUGACAGUAAGACAGUGAUGCAGGUGAAGCGGCUCAAAUGGAAGUUCCGGGGCAACCAUACGAUUCUGGUGGAUGGGCUUCCGGUUGAAGUGUUUUGGGAUGUACAUAACUGGCUGUUUGGUAAUGCUAUGGGCAAUGCAGUUUUUAUGUUCCAAACUUGUCUCUCCGCGGAGAAGAUGUGGUCGACCCAAUCAGUCUUUGAUCCUUCUGUAUUGUCCUGGAAGAGCUCUUCACAAGCUAAGGAUUACCCAGGUGACUGACUAUAUGAAUGCUAGGAUUGUUGCUGUUAGUUUUCUGAAAAAGUAUCACCAUACCAUAUGGUGUGAUAUUAGGUAUGCAUAUGUUACCCCGUGGACAUAAAAAUCUUUAUGACGCAUUGCCCUCGCCUCCCCCUCCCUCGCACAAAUUGCCCCAAAUAAAGUUCGGAGCAAGCAUGCAAAUGAAAUGCGGAUAUCUUGGAAAAAAAUUUCUCGGUAAUUCUAUCCAUGUGGGUGUGUGUUUUGUGUAUCAAUUUGCUACGUUUCUGAAAAAGGAGAGACCUGCAGUUGAUAAUUUUUGUGUAGAAAUGACAUUGAUUUGUUUGGUAUGCA